ACCACACAUCCACAUCGUUACUGAAAGACGAGGGAGAGAGCGCUCUAACUAUGAGAUAGGAUACGCAUGCACUGGAUAGCCGACGAUAAACUAAAGUCUUGAGGGGUAAGAAGUUGGAAAACGCAAGAGUCAAGCGCGUAUUCGAAGUAAAGUUUAAACGAAAAAUAAUACCAAUUCCCUACUACUAAAAGUAGCUUUAUAUGACACUGGAAGAUAUUUACAGAGAUAAAAGUUGCAUGCUGGAAUUUUAUAUCAGAAGGAAACCCACCCUUUGAAAAGUGAUCCUCUGUGUUCUUUGUCAAGAGUAAAACUGUGGCAGUCGGAUACAAAGUUCUCUGACGUCGGUGGCCGGAUAACGGUUAACGUUUUCUGCAGAAAUAUGCGCUAGAGGAAGGAUCCGUCGAGAUAUCUGAAAUGCAGGAGCUACUAAUUAGGCUAGCAAAGUGAGAACUGCGUCAAUCCAAACCUGAAUUUCAUUCGACGUCAAACUGGAAAAUAUAUCAAAGGGCUACGCAAGUAAAAACAACGUGAAACAUUCAAAGAAAGUAGGCAAUGUUUACCGGAAAGCGACGGACACAGGCGGCCCAUUCUAAAGUCAUGACGUAGCUCCCAGACUGUUCCUCGGGAUUUUAGAGAUGCUCAAGUUUUUAUGACACUUCAUCUGCUGGUGCACUUUCAGUGAGUGAAAAAUAACUUGAAAGAGUGCAAAUGUCUGCCUGCAGCAGCUCGUCUCCUCCAUCUUUUCCAAGAGCGUUUCCCCUUCCCCAACAUCCCACCGCCCCACUGACACCUUCGCCGUCGCCGAGUCCACCGGCGACCCUCUACACUCGUCUCUCCAAUGGGAGUGUGAGCGCGCCAAGUCCAACCAACUCUAGGGGCUCUUUCCACGGUGUGUCAUUUCUGCUGCAGAUCGGAUUGACCAGGGAAGCUGUUAACCUUGAUGCUAACGAUGUAUCCCUUUCGGCGGUGAAAGACCUUGUAUGCUCAAUUGUCGACCAGAAGUUUCCUGAAUGUGGAUUCUUUGGCAUGUAUGACAAGAUCUUGCUCUUCCGCCAUGACCUUAACUCAGAGAAUAUCCUGCAGCGCCUGACAUCAGCGGAAGACAUCCACGAGGGAGAUCUGAUAGAGGUGGUUCUCUCAGCUUUGGCUACUGUCGAGGACUUCCAGAUCAGGCCUCAUGCACUCUACGUGCACUCAUACAAGGCCCCGGCCUUCUGCGACGACUGUGGUGAGAUGCUCUGGGGUCUGGUGCGGCAGGGCCUUAAAUGCGAAGGUUGUGGGCUUAAUUACCAUAAGCGCUGUGCAUUUAAAAUUCCGAACAACUGCAGUGGAGUGCGAAAGCGGCGUCUGUCCAAUGUGUCUCUUCCUGGUCCCUUGCUGUCUGUACCUCGGCCAGUGGCCCCAGAGAACAUGCUCAUGUCCAAUGAGGAGCAAAGGCCUCUGUUAGAGGCGGGGAAACGGAUGCCUUCAUGGAGUGGGCGGCCAAUCUGGAUGGACAAGUUGGUGCUGGGCCGGGUCAAAGUGCCACACACCUUCAACGUGCACACAUACACGCGGCCCACAAUGUGCCAAUACUGCAAACGGCUGCUUAAGGGCCUGUUCCGCCAGGGCAUGCAGUGCAAAGACUGCAAAUUCAACUGUCACAAGAGAUGUGCAUCGAAGGUACCAAGAGACUGCUUGGGUGAGGUGGUGUUCAACGGAGAGCCAGCCAGUCCAGGGCCUGAUUGCGAGGUCACUAUGGAGGUGGACAGCAGUGAUGUGAACAGUGACAGCAGUCGUGGCAUGGAUGACCCAGAAGAAGUCUCCACCCCUGAUGACAAGAUGUUCUUCAUGGAUGCUUCCUUCAUGGAUGGGGAAAAGGAUGAGGAAACAGUGAAGGCAAUCAGCCCCUCCACCAGCACCAACAUCCCGUUGAUGCGCGUGGUGCAGUCGAUCAAGCACACCAAGAGACGUAGCUCCACCCUGGUGAAGGAGGGCUGGAUGGUGCACUACACCAGCCGAGACAACCUGAGGAAGAGGCAUUACUGGAGGCUAGACAGCAAGAGCCUUACGCUUUUCCAGAAUGACUCUGGAGCCAAGUACUAUAAGGAGAUCCCCCUUUCUGAGAUCCUGCAGGUGGAGACAGCACGAGACUUCAGUAGUCUGGCCCAGGGUGGAAAUCCGCACUGCUUCGAGAUCAUCACUGACACCAUGGUGUACUACGUGGGAGAGAACACCGGGGGCCUGCAGCCCAGCCCGGCUCUGGCCGCAUCAGGAGUGGGCCUGGACGUGGCACAAGGCUGGGAGAAGGCUAUCCGUCAGGCCCUCAUGCCUGUCACCCCUCAGGCCAGUGUGUGCACCAGUUCAGGACAGGGCAAGGACCACAAGGAGCUUUCCAUCAGCAUAUCAGUAUCAAACUCACAGAUUAAAGAGAAUGUGGAUAUCAGCUCAGUCUACCAGAUCUUUGCUGACGAGGUCCUGGGAUCGGGACAGUUUGGGAUUGUGUAUGGAGGCAAACACAGAAAAACGAAGAGAGACGUUGCCAUUAAGGUUAUAGACAAGAUGAGGUUCCCCACCAAGCAGGAGAGCCAGUUGAGGAACGAAGUGGCCAUUUUGCAGAACCUGCACCACCCGGGCAUUGUAAAUCUUGAGUGUAUGUUCGAGACUCCGGAGCGGGUGUUUGUUGUCAUGGAGAAGCUCCAUGGCGAUAUGCUGGAGAUGAUCCUAUCCAGCGAGAAGAGCCGACUUCCCGAGCGUCUCACCAAAUUCCUGGUGACACAGAUUCUAGUGGCUCUAAGGCACCUUCAUUUCAAGAACAUUGUUCACUGUGAUCUGAAGCCCGAGAAUGUGCUUCUGGCAUCAGCAGAGCCUUUUCCUCAGGUGAAGCUGUGUGACUUUGGCUUUGCACGCAUCAUCGGAGAGAAGUCAUUCCGGCGAUCGGUAGUAGGCACCCCGGCCUACCUGGCACCCGAGGUGCUCCGCAGUAAGGGCUACAACCGCUCACUGGACAUGUGGUCAGUGGGGGUCAUCGUCUACGUCAGCCUCAGCGGCACGUUCCCCUUCAACGAGGAUGAGGACAUCAACGAGCAGAUCCAGAACGCAGCCUUCAUGUACCCACCCAACCCCUGGAAGGAGAUUUCUGGGGAAGCAAUCGACUUGAUCAACAAUCUGCUCCAAGUGAAGAUGAGAAAACGUUACAGUGUAGACAAAUCUCUCAGCCACCCCUGGCUUCAGGACUAUCAGACCUGGCUGGAUCUUCGUGAGUUUGAGACACGUAGGGGAGAGCGCUACAUUACCCACGAAAGUGAUGAUGCACGCUGGGAGGAAUAUGCAGACGAGAGGAAUCUGCCCUAUCCAAAGCACUUCAUUAUGGCUCCCAACCUGGAUGACAUGGAAGAGGACCCCUAGUGGGAGGAGGACUUACUAUACCGGUUUCCGGAAAAGCUAGAAGGGGUCGGGGGGCUUUCUAAGACCUUUGGAAAAGUACCCUGGUCCUUCUACAGAGACUGGCAGCAUGAGCUACGAUGUUGAAAGUGUCCGCCAGAAAGUUCUGAUGAAUGACACAUGGGUGAACAGGAAUUGAUUAGCAACUCGCCAUCUGUGAAGUGUAGAUCUGUAACUCAGGAGCCCAGCACCAGGACAAAGUAUUCACUUUCAGGUUGUUUUCUUCUCAUAACAUUCCAGAGACGCAACAUGGCAUUUUCUCUAAUUCUCUCUUCACUUACUGCCUUUCCAGCAAUCAGUAACGUCCAUGUCACUUGAGCCAGCCUGAGGAGUGUUUGGGAAUUCUACCAGUAAUAAAUAUUUGCACUGGCACUCCUCCCACAUAAAGCACUAUGAGUUUGGACCAAACCCAAAAGGAGACGAACAUGGGAGCUUUGUAGCCUCUAAAUAUAUAUAUAUAUUUUUAUAUGUUUAUUGUGAGGGUUUUCACAAUACAAAAUUUACAGAAAUUUGAUAUUUUACACAAUAUUUGUAUUUUUAAUAAGAUCUUUUUUGUAGAGAGGGUAGUAUAUUAGAAGUGUGAAAAGUAAUGAUUCCUGACUGGAACACAAAGGACAUGCAGGCAGAAGGACUUUCAGGACACUCAAGCAGACUGAGUUUGGUGAAAUGAAAAUAAUCAAAUCGAUAAAGGCCAUCGCAGACAUUUUCUGCCAUGUCUGGGAAAUCCUAGAUAGCUGUCCAUGAUAUGUCUUCAAGAUAUAAUGCAGGAUAAAAUACAUUCUCCAACCCAAGUGACUAAAAUGGGUUAGGAUUACAGUUAGUGAUUUGGAUUUUCUCAUUGCUGCAAACACAUACUCUACAGCAUCUUGUGAUGUUAGCUUAUGACUCCUGGGAACGAUUUUGUAUUCCUGUUAAGUCUCACAGCCUUCGCCCCCUGAGAAAUUUAGACUAUGAAGAGAACUGGGACAAACAGAGGUAGAAACCUGAGAAUUCACUGCUUUAAACACUAUGAGUUUGAAAUCAGGCGAUAUGGUAAAUAAUUGGAAAGGUGAUCAUAAAUACUGAUAUUAAUUAAAUACUUCUAUAUACUGAGAUCAGUGACACAAAACCUGUGGCUGUUUUUAUUGUGUAGUUUUGAUUUGUGUUGUUUUGAGGACUUUGAUGUUUUAUAAGCCCUUCAGCUUGUGUCACUACACAGACUGUGGUAGUUUGUUCCUGGGUAACUAAUACGGGUGCAUUUUCAUAGACCUUUGCCUGAACCUUUGACACAUUGUGUCCCUAUCUUCAUCCUCACUAUGAACUUUUAGACAGCAGCCAAUGCUGAAGUGCCUUGUGCUCACCAAGUUUAUCAUUUGUUUUGUUUUGUUUUUGCUUAUGUAGAUUUGCUUCACUGGAUCAUGAAAGUUUGUAAGAAACAGCCAUUUGAUAUGACUGUGGUGAAUUAUGGGGAGAUGAUGAGCCAGGACCUGUUGCUGCUGCCUUUGUGGCUGUAUCAUCAUGUCAUAACUUACUGACACAGAUAUUACAGAGCCACCCACCAUAAGCCAUUCUGGCACAAUUUCAGCUUUUAUUUUUAAAUAAUGUUUAAAGUUGUGUUCUGUUUACCAUUGAGUGUUAUAGCAGUUUUCUUACAAAUCUUUUAUGGUGAUAAUUAUUCACCUUUUCUGAAGAUGUUCUCAUUGGGUCUUUCCUGAAAUUGAGGGUCUAGUCCAAGGAAGCUUCUUAAACCAUUCUGAAGCUCCCGGUGAACUCUGUGAAUUGUGGAGGAAAUCCACCGAGACUGAGAUUUAGCACCGAGACUGGGAUAAAGUCCUGGAAAACUGCCAGUGCUGAUCAGUCUGUGUUGAUUUUUAUACAUACUGCGUGCUCAUUUGCAGCAUCUGUUGUUUUCCUUGUUAUGAUGCAUAUUCCUUUUUGUGAUGGAAACCAUUGCUUGAAAUGUCAAGAGAUUUCAACAGAAUGGGAGCAUGUAAAAUACGAUUUUAAUUUAACAUACUUGUUUAAACAGUAUUAGUCAACUGCAGCUAUCAGAUAAAUUGGACUGGAUAAUUCAGUGGGAGGAGGUUCAGAACAUAGCAUUUUGUGCGACUUCUAUAUUGCAAGGCACCUGUGAAGGAAUUUCAGAACUGGGUUAUAAGCUUGGUGGGCAGAAGUACUUAUGCAGGUAGCCACAUUUUUAAAGCAAUGUAAGGGUGAUGUGAUCCUGAGAAUCUGUGUUAGCCUGUGUUGCCACUGGAAUGGUGACAAUCACUGUUUUGUAUAUUUUAGUAUUCACAUAUCUAAUAAAAACCUUUGUCUUUA